AUGGUUCUCGAACGAGUAAAGCAGCUGGCACAGCAAGUGUCCAACGCUGUCUCUCCCGCUCAUCCUUUCGACCCUCUCACAUCUCUUGAGAUCGAGACUGCCACCUCGCUCCUUCGCAAGGAGCACGGCAAGCUAUACUACAAUGCCGUCACCUUGCUUGAGCCACCCAAGGCUCAAAUGCUGAAGUGGUUGGCGGAUCCAAAGAGUACUUCUAAACCACUCCGCAUUGCCGAUAUUGUGGUCAUUACACCUGAUGGCAAGGUCUACGACGGCCAUGUCGACCUCGACAACCAGAAAGUUCUCAAGUGGGAGCAUACGCCUAAUGUCCAGCCCCUGAUCACGACAGAGGAUCUGAACGCUGUCGAAGAGGUUAUGCGCAAGGAUCCUGGAGUCAUCGAGCAAUGUGGUAUUCUUGGAAUUCCACCCGAGGACAUGCACAAGGUCUACUGCGACCCGUGGACAAUCGGCUAUGAUGAACGAUUUGGCAACGGCGUCAGACUUCAACAGGCACUCAUGUACUACCGACCUCAUAUUGACGACUCUCAAUACACGUAUCCUCUCGACUUCUGCCCUAUUUAUGACUCGAACAAGGAACAGAUCAUCCACAUCGACGUCCCCAAAAUUCGCCGACCCGUCAGCAAGGCUCCUCCCAACAACUACCAUGUCAAGUCCAUCGAAGAGAUGGGUGGUUACAGGACCGACCUGAAGCCCAUCAACAUUACCCAACCCGAAGGCGUCAGCUUCACCAUCAACGGCCGAAUCAUCGAGUGGCAGAACUGGUCCGUCCACGUCGGAUUCAACUACAGAGAGGGCAUCGUCCUCAACAACAUCACCUACUUUGACAAGGUCGAGGGCAAAGCACGCCCCAUCUUUUACAGACUGUCGCUCGCGGAAAUGGUCGUCCCGUACGGCAACCCAGAACACCCUCAUCAACGCAAGCACGCCUUCGAUCUCGGCGAGUACGGCGGUGGUUACAUGACCAACCCACUCAGCCUGGGCUGUGACUGCAAGGGCAGCAUCCACUACAUGGACGCCGAGUUCGUCAACAGGGCCGGCGCGGCCAUGACCAUCAAGAACGCCAUCUGCAUCCACGAGGAAGACGCGGGUAUCUUGUUCAAGCACAGCGACUUCCGUGACGGCUUCCAAUCCACCAUCGUCACGCGGGCCCGCAAGCUGAUCAUCAGCCACAUCUUCACGGCCGCCAACUACGAGUACUGCGUGUACUGGAUCUUCCACCAGGAUGGCACCGUCCAACUCGAGAUCAAGCUCACGGGUAUCCUGAACACCUACGCCAUGCUCCCCGGCGAGGACACCAAGGGAUGGGGGACAGAAGUGUACCCCGGCGUCAACGCGCACAACCACCAGCACCUGUUCUGUCUCCGCAUCGACCCCAACAUCGACGGCUCCAGCAACACCGUCUUCCAAGUCGACGCUGCCCGCGGCCCAGGCGAGGUCGGCUCCGAGGAGAACUUCUACGGCAACGCCUUUUACGCGAAGAAGACCAAGUACACCAACCCCGUCGAAGCCAUGUCCGACUACGAAGGAUCCACCUCGCGGACGUGGGAAAUGUGCAACGAGAACAAACUCAACCCUUAUUCCCACAAGCCCGUUUCAUACAAGCUGGUCAGCAGAGAGGUGCCGACGUUGCUGCCCAAGGCGGGUGGUCUGGUCUGGAAACGCGCAGGUUUCGCCCGACACGCCGUACACGUUACCAAGUAUGCCGAUGACCAGAUUCAUCCAGCUGGUCGCCACGUCCCCCAGACAUCCGGAGAACCGUCCAUGGGUCUGCCACAGUGGAUCGACGCCAACCCGAGCGAGAAGAUCGACAACGAGGACAUUGUGCUCUGGCACACGUUCGGCAUCACCCAUUUCCCUUCGCCGGAAGAUUACCCCGUCAUGCCCGCCGAGCCCAUGACGUUGCUUCUCCGACCGCGCAACUUCUUCGUCAGGAACCCGGCUCUCGACGUACCGCCCAGCUAUGCCAGGACGACCAGCCAGGUCAUGGCCGGCAAGACGGGCUGUGGGUGCUCGGACAAGGCGAGCGUCGCCGUCUAAACAAAAUUGAAUUUCUGGAUAACCAAUGAAAAGGAACAACAGGGCUGGCUGGGAAUGAAGAGAACGGCGAUCACGUCUUGAUGACUUUUUUUUAGCGACCAAAUUGAAAAUCCAGUGAUGUGUGUUAACGUCUUAUCGUGUUGGUAUGCAACAUCUACCUCGUCUCCUACGAAGGGGGCAUAUAUAUAGGUGUCUCCUAUAUGUCUAGUCUAUGUGAAAUAUACAAAAUUACCA